ACACAUGCACACACACACGCCAGUCCCUAGCAGGAAAGGGUCUCUAGGGCUGUAGCAGGUAGAGCUGUGCUGCCCGCUGGAAGCCAGAUGCCCCACAUCUGCAGGCAGGGCCUCUAGGCUGCCUGACUUUUUCUGACCCUCCUGCAAGAUCAGGACUCAAAGUGGUGCCUGCAGGGGUCUGUGGGCUGCCUCCAGCUGGGGCCUCUUGAGGCCAGCCAGGGUGGGGCUGGCCCGGGGUGUCUGGCAGGCCCAGGCUGGAGCAGGAUGGAUUCCACAGGCAAGCGUGUACCUAGUGCUCUUGUGUGCCACGUCCUUUGGGAAGGCUGGCGUGUCCUGAGUAUUCUCCUGUGUCUUUGUGUGUUCACACAUCCUUUCAGUCUUCGGUGGUCCUGUGUGUGCUCAUGCUUUCAUGCUUGCCCUGUCCUUGGAGGCAGUGGGAAAGGAAAGCCCAGAGAGGCAGAGAGCUUGCCUGAGUCCCGGGGUGGUGGGCAGCCGACCUAGGUUAGACGAGCCUGAGCGGGGAGGAGGAGGGGUGUACCACACGAUGUGUUCAUGUGCGCCCAUGCAGCCGUCUCUGGGCAUGAGCACAUGUGUGGGUAUGUCUGUGUGGUGUGUGUGCCUGCAUAAGUGUCUGCAUGCACGUUGUCCAGCCUGUGCCUGUGUUCCUUGUUCAUACAUGUGGAAUGGUGGUCUGUGCUUUCAUACAUUUGUGAGCUGCAGUUUCGUGCUGCUGUGCGUACAUGUCUCUGUGUCUGUGCUGUGGAGCAUGUGUGUGUUCACAUGUUUUCGUGUCCGUGUUUCUGCAUGUGCCAGUAUGUGGUGUGCUCCUCCCUACAGCCCCCGUCCCUGCCCAGCACACAGGCUUUCUGAGUCCGGACCCUAUGCAGACCCUGGUGGGGAGACCACUAGGCCUUUUUUCCUUAAGAGGGGCUGCCUAGGCCAGAGGGCCUCCAGCAGCACCUAGAGAGGACAGAUGCUUGGUCCUGGACCCGGGUCAAGCUUUUGGGGUUAGAAACGACGCAGGGCCGGUGACGUAGCGACUUUCCCACUCACAGUGCAUCAGGCCUGCGGACUCCUUCUGACGCCCACUGUCCCCGCUGUGUGUAUACAGGUGGUGCUCAUGCUGGCCGGAGGCUCCCCAGCAUGUGGCUCAAGGGCUGCCCCUUUGCUCCCAGGCAUCUCACUCAGGGCAGCCGUCCAUCUGGGCUGCUAAAGAGCUUGAGGCUCAGGGGGCUGGUGGGGAACACUCUUGAGCCCUGGGAGCUAGGCCCUUUCUAUUUCAUAGGAAGUGCAUCCCCGAGGCUAGCCCACGAGAAAGCCAGGAGUCAGCCUGGCCCCAAUACCUGUGGUCUUCAGCUUCUUGUUUAUAAAGAGGGAGACGUCAUGGCUGGGAACACCAAGGGCUUCGUGCGGGACAAGGUCUUGUAUGGACCGAACCCGUGCCUGGUCUCCCCAUGGACACCUCCACUUGUUUCUUCUUCCACACCUGUGUCCGUCUGUCCUUUACAGCCACCCUGGAACCCCUCACCACUUCCGCAGGUGCCACCAGGGUUUCAUGCAAUAUAUUCUGCUGACUUUCUAACAUGGGGUCCGGAUUUUUACUUUGUAUCGGUGUGGAACCAGCCCCUCCCAUCAUCCAUGGCAGGGAGCCGGUGUGUUCUACCCAAGUCAAGCUGGAGAGGACUCUGUCGUAGCAGGCCUGACUGCUUCUCUCAGGGGUGUCCCCCUGCCUCCUGAGCCCUUCACUGCUGAGCUGGCCAUACCUUAGGGCGCCACCAUUGCUUUGCUGAACAUGGUCACAGACAUGUUUUAGUGCCAUCUGCGUUCCAGUCGGGGAUGGGAAAUACAGAGUGUGGCGUGUGUGAGGGGUGAACUCUCCAGGCUGACAGGUUGGGUGUGAUCUCCUGCUGGACACGAGUGGCCGUGGCCUGUCUUGUCAUGCUGUAUGUCCAUACUGGCCCAGGGAAGAAGAUGGGGUGUCAUGGCUGGUGGACCCGUAGAGGGUGCUGCCGUGGGAAGCAGGAGCUUUAAAUAGCCUCUUGCUUCCCACUAAAAAUAGUUCUGCUGCCAUGGAGGUGGUUGCUGGGGCGGCGGGCCUGGCUCCUGGCCAAGGCAGGCGUGGGCGCACAGCGUGGACUGUGCACUCGGGUGGCGGGUAACUGCAGGCCCUGCAGACGGCCACCAUCGCUCCGUCUUGUGGUUAGGGCAACCAUGAGGGAAUCCCCACUGGCCUGGCUCCACAGAGGACCAGACACAGGCAAGAAAGGAAAGCCCUGUGUGUCCCUACCACCCGUCUCAGCAGCCAGGGACUCCGAAGAAAACUCUGGGAGCCCGAGGCCAGGGGAGCUGCUUGAACCCAGCGGGUGGCCUUCAGUAGCCACUGCAGGGUCAGGACGGGGGCUUAAGACCCGCCAUGUCACUGUGGAGAGGAUUCUGGUCAAGCCCCAUCAGGGCCGAGGCAGGUGUGUUUGAGGGAGAUGUGCAAAGCCACUGCAGAAACACUACAGAGAGAAGCCUUCUGGAAGGCUUCCUGGAAGAGGCGGCAGCAUUGGCUCCGGGUGCUGUGCGAUGGUGAGAGAUGGGAAGGGUAGGGGCAUGAGCUUCUCCAGGGUUUGUAGGUCUCCUGUGCUGCCACCUGGCGAACCCAAAAGAAGGGACUGCCAGAACUGGGUCUGUGCCUCGCCAGAAAAGGAGGCUGUCCCACAGGCACUGGCUGAGGCUGUCCACACCUCAGAAGGCGCCCCUGCUGAGGAACUAGACACAGCUCCUGGGUAGCUUGCUGGCCUCUGAGUUCUCAGUUCCUGUCUGGGGCUCUUAGGAGUAUGGCAGCCUGGGCAAGUUGCUUUUGGGUUGGCUUAGCUCUGUGGCCACCCCAGUGCUGUGGCCCUAGGCUGAUGGUCCUCUCCAAGGUAUGUCCUCAGCUGUGAAUUGUGUUCCAGACAUGGCUCUGGGGGUUGCCAGGGCCAGAGCUAGCCCAGCGGGCUUACACUGGGCAACGGUGGAGACGGCCAAGCUGGAGCGAUGGGCUAAGAGCUGCCUGUGUGACUGCCCGCGGCCCUGCCGGCGGCCUGGCGGGCCCAGAUGCAUACAUUUUGCGCCUUACAGCCCUGACCUUUCCUCCCUCAGGCCCCCAGACCCAGCUCUCUGCCCAUUGCCCAUUGCAGGUGCCCAUGGUUGACAAGAGCUGUGUCUCCAGCUAUUCCUGUCUACAAUGGCAUCCUCUUCCUCUUUGUCCUGGCCAACUUCAGUAUGGCCACCUUCAUGGACCCUGGCGUCUUCCCCCGAGGAAACUCACCCUCCUGUACUCUUGCCACCCUCCUGGGCUCCUGACGUUCAGCGGACGAGGACGAGGACAAGGAGGAUGACUUCCGGGCCCCGCUGUACAAGAACGUGGACGUGCGGGGCAUCCAGGUCCGCAUGAAGUGGUGUGCCACGUGCCACUUCUACCGCCCACCGCGCUGCUCACACUGCAGCGUCUGUGACAACUGUGUGGAGGACUUCGACCACCACUGCCCCUGGGUCAACAACUGCAUCGGACGUCGCAACUACCGCUACUUCUUCCUGUUCCUGCUGUCGCUCAGUGCGCACAUGGUGGGUGUGGUGGCCUUCGGCCUGGUCUACGUGCUCAACCACUCAGAGGGGCUGGGAGCUGCCCACACCACCAUCACCAUGGCUGUCAUGUGUGUGGCCGGCCUUUUCUUCAUUCCUGUCAUCGGCCUCACUGGCUUCCACGUGGUACUGGUCACGCGGGGGCGCACCACCAAUGAGCAGGUGACUGGGAAGUUCCGCGGGGGUGUGAAUCCCUUCACCCGAGGCUGCUAUGGGAACGUGGAGCACGUGCUAUGCAGUCCCCUGGCGCCCCGGUAUGUGGUGGAGUCCCCCAGGAUGCCGCUCUCGGUGAGCCUAAAGCCACCCUUCCUGAGGCCUGAGCUCCUGGAUCGAGCUGUGCCCCUCAAGGUCAAACUUAGCGACAAUGGGCUGAAGUCUGGCCGCAGCAAGUCCAAGGGCAGUCUAGACCAGCUGGAUGAGAAGCCCCUGGACCUUGGACCUCCACUGCCCCCCAAGAUAGAAGCUGGCACCUUUGGAAGAGAUCUGAAGACCCCAAGACCUGGCAGUGCUGAGAGUGCCCUAUCAGUACAGAGGACCAGCCCCCCAACACCGGCCAUGUAUAAGUUCCGGCCAGCUUUCUCCACUGCUCCCAAGACGCCCUUUUGUGGACCCAGUGAGCAGGUCCCAGGCCCUGACUCCCUUACUCUGGCAGAUGACAGCACCCACAGUCUAGACUUUGUGUCCGAGCCCAGCCUGGAUCUCCCAGACCACGGGCCCGGUGGUCUGCAUCCUCCCUACCCCCCUUCCCCACCCCUCAGUGCCACGGAUGCCUUCUCAGGUGCCUUACGCUCCCUGAGUCUCAAGGCUGCCAGCCGGCGGGGUGGGGACCACGUGACCCUACAGCCACUGCACUCUGAAGGUGGGCCCCCCACACCUCACCGUGGUCUCUUUGCCCCCCAUGCACUGCCCAACCGCAAUGGCAGCCUGUCCUACGACAGCCUACUUAACCCCGGCUCACCCAGCGGCCACGCAUGCUCCACACACCCCUCUGUUGGCAUGGCCAGCUACCAUUCACCCUACCUGCACCCUGGGCCAUCAGAUCCACCGCGGCCCCCACCCCGCAGCUUCAGCCCUGUGCUGGGUCCCCGGCCUAGGGAACCCUCUCCUGUGCGCUAUGACAACCUGUCUCGGACCAUCAUGGCCUCUAUCCAGGAGCGCAAGGACAGGGAAGAGCGUGAACGGCUGCUGCGCUCCCAGACUGACUCACUCUUUGGCGAUUCUGGUGUCUAUGACACACCCAGCUCCUACAGCCUGCAACAGGCCAGUGUGUUAGCAGAAGGUCCCCGUGGCUCUGUGCUGCGCUAUGGCUCCAGGGAUGACCUCGUGGCUGGGCCUGGCUUCGGUGGUGCCCAAAAUCCUGCCCUGCAGACAUCAUUGUCCUCACUGUCGAGCUCCAUGAGUCGGGCACCGCGGACAUCUUCUUCCUCCCUGCAGGCUGACCAAGCCAACAACAAUGCCCCGGGACCCCGGCCUGGCAGUGGUUCACACAGGUCACCUGCCCGGCAGGGCCUGCCUUCCCCACCAGGCACUCCCCGAUCUCCCUCUUACACGGGCUCCAAGGCUGUUGCCUUCAUCCACACGGACCUCCCGGACCGGCCACCCUCACUGGCUAUGCAGAGGGAGAGGAGGCUACCCAAGCCUGGUGUGGACACAUCAACAGGAAAGAAAGCCCUGCCUCCACAAGCUUGUGCUCCGGCCUCUGCCUGUUCAUCAACUUAUCUACUCACGGGGCAGACGGAUCCAAGGCUGUGGGCUGUGAUGGGGACCUGGACCGCCUCCUCCGUCAGCCAGUCUCAGCCCUGCACCCUAUUGCCCUCAGUCCCCAAGGCCAGUCCCCAACAGUCCCACGGGCCCACUCUGUCCUUUCUGGAUGGGCUGCUCUAGCCCUGUGUUCCCAGCUGCUCCUAAUACACGGCCUUUCACUGGUGGCUGGUAGCUUGUUGCUUGGCAGGGCCUAUGCUCUGCAGGGAGUGUGACCCCGGCCUGCUCUGGGUUGGGAUGGACGGACGGACGGAUGAUCCAGCUGUAGCAGGGGUCCUCGUUCCCUGUGUCCCUGUCUUGCCUGGCUGGUGGGUCUGUGUCCGUGUCUGUAUGCUGUGCUGCCGUGCCUCGUCUGCGUCCUCGCGCCCGGCUGCCACUGUUCUCUCAUCAAAGCCUUAACUUCUGCUUUAUGCUCUUGUGGGAGGUGAUGGGAGGGUGGUAGGCCAGAGCAGGGCGGGGACCAGAUGCUGCCCCAGGGACUGGUGGGGCCUGGAGCCCCCCUCACUCACUCUCAGGCCUACCCUGCCAAACUGGAGAGUCCUCACCCCAAAGCGAACAGAGUUCCCAGCAUUGGCUUGGCCAGUGCCGCUGGAAAGUCUAUCAGGGCGGGUCAGUUCUCCCCCUGGCACCAGGGACCCGAGUAAGCACAUGGCAGCGUCCGCUUGCAUUGUCUGUUUUACGUUUUUAUAUUUACAUCUAUAUAUCUAUAAUUUUAUUAAAAAAAAGGAAAAAUCA